AUAAUAUCUAUCUAUGAUGCCGGAAAGGUAUGAUAGUGAAAACUGAGAACCAAUCAACCGUCCGGUAUCAUAGAAAAAAGGGAAUGUAAAAUAGGAACCCGAAUCGAACCCUAAAGCUGAAGGCAAAGAGCUUUCCAACAAAGCUACUUCAUUGAUUCAUUUCGUUAGUGUUGUUCAAAUUGCGAAGGGAAAGCGUUCUCGCCAAUACUGUAUUAAUGGUGGAAUGAUGAAUCUGAGGAUGGUCGUCGUGCUAUAAAAUAUCAACUUGCUAAUCCCUACUUCAACUUCCAAAGUAGCGAAACUUUAACCAUUACCGUGGAAGUUCUUUCCAUGGAGAACACUUUCGAUCCUGAUCUGAUGCACGCCAUUUUCAAGCUUGUCUGGAAAAGAAGAUCCUUAGAACGUGAGAAGAAAGAAGGCACAGACAAUUUGGAAGGCGAGCUUGGAGCUGGACCAUCCAAAAAAAGUCGACCAACAACUGCUAAUGCAAAUGCCCUCAAACUGAGCUGCGAACUUGUUAGAGUCUUUAUUACAGAGGCUGUGCAGCGUGCUGCUACUAUUGCUGAAGCAGAAGGCGUUAACAAAAUAGAACCGACUCAUUUAGAGAGGAUACUUCCACAACUUCUUCUUGAUUUUUAAUUUUUUGCAGUUUGUUGCACUUGAAAAACUUCACUUUAGGAGGCUGUUUGGGUUAUUGAUAUAACUGCUGAAGCAGAGCCUUUUGAUGGAAUAGAUCUGACUCAUUUGGAGAUGAUACUUCUGGACCUACUUCUGGAUUUUGAAAGCUUCUGCAGCUUUCCAAGAUUAAAUGGAAAAGAAGCUAAAGUUAGCUAGUGUAUAUCCAAAGUGAUUGCAAGAUUCUGAUUGAGGCAGUUAAGUCAACCUCGGCAACUCUUCGCAGGUGAGCUGGGUUCGUAUGAUAGACGAUGUAAUGGUUAGAGAGAAAGGACUGAAGCUGGUGAAUGGUCUCUCUAGAGGAGUUGAGGGCUGAAUUAUCAAAAGUUGCAAAGAGAGCGGAUUGCUAGUAUCAAAGGUUUUUGGUUGCUAAUUGCUAUGCUAACUCUUGACUUUACGAUCUUUAAUUCAUGGUCGUUUUUAGUUUAAUUUUUGGCUCUAAUGACCAUUGAAUUUUGCGAAAA